UCAAGAAUCAAGUUUACUGUUUAGUUCACAACGCGCAUGCGCGACGCGUGGAUGCCAUUUUAGCGGCAAUCGUUAAGAAAUAUUUGAAAUUUUCAUAUCGUGUUAUUUUAUGCUGUGUUUUAUUAUUGAAGUGAUAUUAUUAAAUUAAGGUAGAAAUAGCGUGAAGUGAAUUUUGUAUUAGUAAAAAGAACAAAAAGUUUCUAAUAAUAAGCACGUUUUCGAAUAAAAGUAAAAAAAAUAGUAAAAAAAAUCAGAACUAAAAAAAGGACAUUAAUACCUCAAUCAUAAAGUAAAUGAAAUGUAGAAUUGACGAAAAGUAAAAAAUGGCGGGUAUAAUGACAAAAAUCGGUAAAAUGAAGAAGAGAAAGGACAGGAACAGUGUAUAUUCUAUGGUGUCGUGCAGUGACCUCACUCCCGGGAGUCUGGAGGUGUGGGUCGAGCUGCCUGACGCGAUCAAGUACGACCCCGCGCUUGCACCCUUCAAACAACUAUAUGAGCAACAUCAUGGUAAACUUGAAGAACGCGAGGAAUGCAAUGAAGGAGAUCGCAAUAUAUUCAACCCUAAAGUACCGGAACCCGUUGUCGGAGACAUUGAUGCCCAUGAAAGAAGUAACACCAAUAAUAGGGAUGAGAACAGAUUAGUGCAAGAGCCAGGUCCAGGCGAAUCUGUGAAGACACGAUCGUUACGAAAGAAAAAGCUGGACAGAAUCCUACGUGUGGUCAAGCUGUCAGUACUUAUAGCUUGCUGGGCUUUAGUCACCGUAUCACUUCUGUUGAACAGAGAGAAAACAAACGUGGUGUUACACACGGCGGUUAAUAAUGGAGAAAUUAAAGAAUACUUCCUCAAAUCAACUAAUAGCGAUUUCAAAGUAUCCAUCACGCUGACCGGACCGUUCGCAGACGCUUCUGGAAACCGGACGAACAAUUUUCUACAGCUAUGGUUACAGAGAAGUUUUAUGGACGAGAAUGACGAUCAGGAUUCAUCACCAUGGAUCAUUCCCCUCCAACCUGAUAAUAUCAUCGAUUUCUCGCCUAGCGCCUCUGAGACCAAAACUCUCAUCAUCAAGAAAGAUACAGACUACCCACCACUUAUGAACAUCAGCGGAGCGCUUAACGUCGAUACAGCGAACAAUAUAUCAGCGAGUAAUUUUAAAAACGAAAGCUCCAUAUCUCUGCGGAUAAGUACAGCCAGCAACAGAACAGUGCCUUUAACUGUCAGCUACCACCUAGAUCCUUUGUCUGAAGAGGACGGUAUCAUUUACGCUACACUUCUGCUCUGCACGCUCUACGUCUUGAUAAUUUUAGAGAUAGUAAACAGAACGAUCGCCGCCUUACUCUCAUCGUCCCUGGGGAUCGCAGUCCUGGCUCUCAGCGGGGAGCGACCCUCGCUCCCGGAGCUGGUCUCCUGGCUGGACGUGGAGACCCUGCUGCUGCUCUUCAGCAUGAUGAUCCUGGUCGCCAUAUUGGCGGAGACUGGGCUGUUUGAUUACCUAGCGGUUGUUGCUUUUGAAAUGACAGGAGGUAGGACUUGGCCUCUUAUCAAUACGCUGUGUUUCUUCACGGCGAUCUUCUCGACCUUCCUGGACAACGUCACCACUGUGCUGUUGAUGACACCUGUCACGAUACGGCUAUGCGAAGUGAUGCAACUGAAUCCUGUGCCGGUUUUGAUGUCGAUGGUGAUCUUCAGUAACGUGGGGGGUGCCGCCACCCCCGUGGGCGACCCCCCCAACGUUAUCAUUGCCAGCCAUCCGUCCGUGUUACACGCGAAUAUAAACUUCACAACAUUCACCCUACACAUGGGUUUGGGGAUAUUGCUGGUGUGCGUGCAGACAUACAUACAGCUCCGUUAUAUGUUCCGAGAUAUGAACAAGUUGAGACAUAGCGUGCCCAGGGAUAUCGUGGAAAUGCGUCAGGAGAUAGGAGUCUGGAAACGUGCCGCAGCAUCCCUCUCAUCUUAUUCGAGAGAUGAAGACAUCGUGAGGAGAGCGCUGGAGAAAAAAGUACAGAGACUGCAGACCACUCUGAUGAAGCGUGAGGCGGGGAGUGGGAAAUCAAGGACUGACCCACUAUUUUGUUCAACACUCGCUCAGAUGAAGGAAAAGUAUCGUAUCAGAGACAAACAGCUUCUAGUGAAAGCUACCAUUUGUGUCACUUUUGUCGUAGUAGUAUUCUUCCUACACGCCAUACCUGAACUGCAGGUGUUAUCUCUGGGUUGGACGGCGUUACUGGGAGCAAUACUUCUAUUGCUUCUAGCUGAGAGAGAGGACUUAGAACCGAUACUGGCCAGAGUGGAGUGGUCUACCCUCUUGUUCUUCGCUGCUUUAUUCGUUUUGAUGGAGGCGUUAUCAAAACUAGGUUUAAUAGCGUGGAUAGGAAGUCUAACGGAAUCCCUAAUAUUAAAGGUUGGAGAAGAGUCGAGACUCACAGUCGCCAUAAUGCUUAUAUUAUGGGUGUCGGGGUUAGCGUCCGCCUUCGUGGAUAACAUCCCGCUGACGACGAUGAUGGUGCGCGUGGUGGGCGCGCUGGCGCAGUCGCUGGCGCUGCCGCUGGCGCCGCUCGCCUGGGCGCUGAGCUUCGGCGCCUGCCUCGGGGGCAACGGCACGCUGAUCGGCGCCAGCGCCAACGUGGUGUGCGCCGGCGUGGCGGAGCAGCACGGUUACCGGUUCACGUUCCUGCAGUUCCUCGCCGUCGGCUUCCCCGUCAUGCUGGCCAACCUGGCCGUCGCCUCGCUCUACCUGCUGCUGUGCCACGGCCUCUUCGCCUGGCACUGAUCGCCAGCAAUACGGCCAGCUGUUGCUCUGCCCCAGCCUCACUUGACAGUGAUCACUGAUGGUAUAAAUCUAGCUGCUACUCUGCCACAACAUCUACACAUGGCACUGAUCGCCGAUACUAUAUGUCCAGUUUUAACACUAUUGAUUCUACAGGACCCACCACGAUUGUCAAUUUAAACUCCCAAUUUUCGGCAACGUUGCAGACAUCAUGGUCACGGGUGACUGUUGAGACCCGUAAAAUCAAAAGUGUUCAUAGUGACCGUAAAAAAAUUUUAGAAACUUAUAGUAUACAUCCAGCUCCUGCCCUAACGUAGUCUCUUUACCUGGCAUUGAUUAACAGUAGUUAGAUUGGCAGAAGAGUACCGUCAAAGCCCCCCAAAAAUAAUCCCAAUGAUUGGCAGAAGAUUAUUAGAAGAUUGUAAAAUUUAGAUCUUCCAU